CAAGGGAGGGUGGUGAGGUUCCUGGCUCCAUGGGAUGCUGGAUUUCUUGCAGAGAGCACUGAGGACAGCAUGGCGGUGGCUUUGGAUGCAAUGUUGGCUCGGGUGAAAGAUGUCUGUAAAAGAAAUGGCUUGCUCAUUCUUUCGGUGUUAUCUGUCAUAGUGGGAUGUCUUCUUGGAUUCUUCCUCAGGACUAGGCGUCUCUCCCCACAGGAAAUUAGUUAUUUCCAGUUUCCUGGGGAAUUACUUAUGAGAAUGUUGAAAAUGCUUAUUCUACCACUGGUUGUUUCAAGCUUAAUGUCUGGGCUAGCAGCUCUGGAUGCUAAGACCUCUAGUCGAUUAGGCAUCAUCACAGUCACUUACUAUCUUUGGACCACUUUUGUGGCUGUUGUUGUGGGAAUCAUUAUGGUCUCCAUUAUUCAUCCUGGUGGGGCAGCCCAGAAAGAGAACACUGAGGAAAGCGGGAAGCCAAUAAUGAGCUCUGCAGAUGCACUGCUGGACUUAAUUCGGAAUAUGUUUCCUUCAAACCUUAUUGAGGCCACUUUUAAACAGUACCGAACCAAAAGCAUCCCUAUUGUCAAAGCCAACAAAGUAGCACCUGAAAGUGUCACUCAUCAAAUCAUAAUCUAUGGAGUUCAGGAUGAAAAUGGAUCCAACGUUCAAAAUUUUGCCUUGGAUAUCACACCACCACCAGAAGUGAUUUACAAAUCAGAACCAGGUACCAGCGAAGGCAUGAAUGUGUUGGGAAUUGUAAUAUUCUCCGCUACCAUGGGAAUAAUGCUGGGUAGAAUGGGUAGCAGUGGUGUUCCCUUGGUGAGCUUUUGCCAGUGUUUAAAUGAAUCUGUCAUGAAGAUAGUGGCUGUUUCUGUGUGGUAUUUUCCAUUUGGAAUAGUGUUUCUUAUUGCUGGUAAGAUCUUGGAAAUGGAUGAUCCUUCAGCUAUUGGAAAGAAGCUAGGUUUUUAUGCCAUUACUGUGGUUUGUGGCCUGGUAGUACAUGGACUUUUCAUUCUGCCAAUGAUGUACUUCUUCAUCACCAAGAAGAACCCAAUUGUUUUCAUCAGAGGGAUUCUUCAAGCCUUGCUUAUUGCUUUGGCCACAUCAUCCAGCUCAGCUACUUUGCCUAUAACCUUCAAGUGCUUGUUAGAGAAUAACCAUGUUGACAGGAGGAUUGCCAGAUUUGUGCUCCCUGUUGGGGCUACCAUUAAUAUGGAUGGGACUGCUCUUUAUGAAGCAGUAGCAGCAAUUUUUAUUGCUCAAGUAAAUAAUUAUGAGCUGGACUUUGGUCAGAUCAUCACUAUAAGCAUCACAGCAACAGCUGCCAGCAUAGGUGCGGCUGGAAUCCCACAAGCUGGCCUUGUAACCAUGGUCAUCGUUCUGACAUCAGUGGGUCUGCCUACAGAUGACAUCACUCUAAUAAUUGCUGUUGACUGGGCAUUAGACAGGUUUCGAACAAUGAUCAAUGUCCUGGGGGAUGCCCUUGCUGCUGGAAUAAUGGCUCAUAUCUGCAGAAAAGAAUUUACCAAGGAUGGGUCUGAGGUGCCUUUCAUCUGCGAAACAAAGCCCAUCAGCAUUCACCAGAUCAUGGCUUACCAACGAAAUGGUUGUGUAAAGACCAUGAAUGAAGCCUGUGGGGCAGAACCAGCAAAAACAUUCCAGCAUCACAUACCUAUUCAAGUUGAGCAAGAAGAAAACCACAUAGAGAACCACACAGAGACAUCCCUCAGUAAAGACCACUGCACUAUUGAAAUCAACGAACUAGAAACAAAUGUUUAACCGUCAAACAUGGUGAUAUCCGAAAUCUAAUAAUACCCAAUGACUACCUCGCAGCUGGCAGUGGGGACAGAAUUUUGCCUUGAGUGGAAAUAUAGGAUGACUGCCAUGAGUGAAUUAAAGCUAGGCCAGCUGUGAACAUCUGUGAAGACUGACGGUUUUAAAGGGUGUGGCUUUUUCAAUGGGUUGAUUUUAGGUCUGAUAAAUGGACUACUUUGAUGUUAUUUUGGGCAACUGAUAUGAUUCCAAAUGAGUAUUCAAUACUUUUAUGGGGGCAAAAAGUCUGGUUAAAACGGUUCCUAACAGCUUUCCGUCUCCCACUCCCACUAACCAUGACAGUUCUGCAGCAUUUAGUAAUUUUUUAAAAUUGUUUUGUUUCAUUAAUCAAACAGAGGAGUCAUGCUUAGUUCCAGAAUGAUCUAUGGUAUUGCACUGAUAUUUUAGCACCAAGCAACACAUCUCAUUACAUUUAAUAAGUAUGACAAGCUGAAAAGAACAGGCCAGGGUAUAAUUUCUUAUUUGGAAGACAAUAUUAUUCUUAUAAACCUUGCAAAAUAAAAAAAAUUGCAGUGUAAACAAAUCAGAGUCCAAAAUAUUCAUCAUUCUAUUUGAAUAUUAUUUUUCUGUGUAUCUGAUAUGUCAGUUUUAUUGCAGGUUGUAUUUCAGUGCUUUCAUUUUUAUUUCCUUCUCUUAUAUCUCCAUUGACUGCAAUGGAUUGUGGGAUUGUGAAGCAGUGGCAUUUUUUUUAGCUUGCAAGGUUUAUCAUGUGCAUAUUUCAAAUUAUAUUUCUUUUUAAACAACAAUUUUAAUUAUUUUAUUAUUAACAGAACAGUCUUAUUCUUGAGAUUCUUGAAAGGUAGGUAUUAAGCUGCAGUCUCAAAACAUCCCAACAAGAAGAUGUCAGUUUGCCUUCCAAGUGCCAGAUGCAUGCUGCUUCUUUUUCUUUCUUCCUUCUAUCCUUUUUUUAAAAAUCUAGCUCCAUAAGUGUUGGUAUUCACAGUGUCUGGACUGUGGGAGCCCAAACACAAAAGAAUUGGUGCUAAAGAAGAGUAUGCAAUGUUCUGUCAUCUGUAUAGGCUGUAUGUACAAUGACAAUUGUGAACCAGAUCUCUUAAUAUAGACUUUGUGGUCAAAAAGAAGACUAAACAUAGGCUGGGAUCCAAUGUGCAUGACUGUGGCCCAGUUUUAUUAUGAUGUUAUCCUCAGUUCCAUUGUAAUGAUAUUAUCAUCGCCACCUUUCAGUGUUUCUCUGAAUCCAUUGCAUAACCAUGUAUUUUUACCACAUGUGGUACCCUGGCUAGAUUUCCUUUGGUCCAAGUGUCCAGCCAUGCAUUCCUUUGCUUCUGUAUGGGAAUGAUGUAGAUUUGAGGAAUAAGGAAGCCAUACUGGAUUUUGAACAGACAGUGCCAGUUUCAGGGCUGUAAAUUGGAUUUGAUGAAAUAUUGACUGGCAUAUCUUCAGUCAUUGUGCAGACUUAGGCCCUAACUAGAGGAGAUUUUAGUAGAUCUGUGAUGGUAGCUACCCAGCCUUUUAAAAAUACAAAUAGCAGCUAAUUCAGUCCCCCCAGUUCAGACUGGGGCUGCAAUUCAACUGGGGAAGGGGAAUUUCGCUUCUACCCCUGCCAGACAGAGUUGACUCUUCUCAAUUCCCAAUUACAAAUACACAGAAGAAGAAAAAGCAAUCCAAAAAAGGUGCAGCUGCUAUUCCCAUUUAAAAGAGGAGAGAAUCUGAUCUCCAAGCAUCUCACCUAGUUAAACACUUUGACCAAGGAGGUCUAGGUUCAAAUUCUGCUCAGCCAUAAAGCUCACUGGAGAUUUUGGGCCAGUUGCUGUCUCUAAGUCUACUACCUCACAGGGGGGUGAGAACUAUGUUAAUCACAAAGUUCCUUGAAGGAUUAAAAAAUAUAAACUAACAUUUUGGCAGAUGUAAGUUUAUGACAAGUGUAGUUCCACGACAAACUAAUUUUGUUACACAAAAUCUUAAAAGGAAUCUUUUGCCUCUGAAUGUCCUGGUUACAGAAGUGCUAUGUGGUAUGAGCAGUGCUCGUCUGAACAUACUCUGGCAAGCAAUGAUUUAAGGUUGGAUCCUGGAUCCAGAAAUCUCCUAUACUUCAAACCUUUGAAGAAGUGGCAACUUCAUGAUCUGUUUAAGGCCACUGGGAACUUGACUUCUCUUGGGACUGGAAGCUACCUUCCUUUUCAGUGCCUGCUUUGGAGAAAAGAUAUCUUUUAUGGUGAAUGACUUCCUGUUCAGUUUGGGUUUGGUUUCAUGGCCAAUUGACCAUGUCUGUGCACACUCCCAUCUCUUGCCUCAUCCUUUCUCUUUCCAUAAAGUUUUACUUUCCCAGAUCACCUGUUACUCUGGCAAUCUGGGUAUCUUUCACCCCAGCCUUAUUCUUUCAUUAUAGAUAGAGAGUAACUUUUAGGUCAUGUACAAUACAAACCUAUAGGAUUUCUCUAAAGUAAGUUCCACUGUAUUCAGUGAAUUUAAUUUCAAAUAAGUGUACAUAGGUCUGCCCUGGUGGGUUGAUGAAAAUGAGAGGUGGGACCAUUUUGGGGAAGUAAACAAGGAUCUGACACUGUUUACACAUGUGCACCAGCCCCCUGAGAUUUGUCUUCUGUGGAAACUUGCUGUGGAACCUUGAUUCUUGUUUUCAUUCUCUAUCUGGCUGUCUCUCCCCCUCUCCCAUAUUCACGCACUUUGGAUAUCUCUUGAGUCCUUAAAUUAUAAAGCAACUCUUCAUGUAUAACCAGUGUUUUCAAUGGAAAUUGUUUUUAAUAAAUAUGUCAUCUUCUGCUAGGGU